AUGGGAAUGAGACCCGAUCAGAAUAAAAUGCUAAGGUCUCGCAGAGUCCAGCCUCAGCGGAGGCUAGACCGCACCCAGGAACCCGAGAUCGCCAAAGAACCACGGUCCCCUCGACAGGGCUCCCCAUACACGAAGUUCCGCCUCACCUCCGGACUGCGAUCAGCCGCUCUCCACUUCCGGCAAGAACCGCCCAGCGGUCUUCGCGCGACCCACUUCCGGGCCCUCACUGGGCGUGGCACCCCCACCGGAAAUGAAGCACCGGCUGAAAUGCUAGCCCCGGAGAGAGGAAGAAGUUUGGCCGCCCGAGCCUCUGGUGGUGGGGAUCGUAGCCGAGCUCCACCCUUCGCUGGGCGCACGAACUUUGGUUUCCUGUCUGUGGUGCGGAAAAGCACUGGACUCCCAGAGGCUGAGCGUAGCAGGCUCGGCUUUGAGCGUCUGGGCGUGCCCACCCUUGCUCGGCUCUGUGGCUACGGCGGGGAAGGUGGAGAAAACCUUCCACUCGCGCCCCAACUUCCUGUUUGCUUUGUGCGCUUUGUGACCAUAGAUGGUGCUGGGAUUAAAAGCGUACACCGCCUAAGCAGUCACCCUCAGGUCAAGGGACCAGGAAUUGGCCUGCUGGGGAUUUCCAAAGGGGCUGACCUCUGCCUCUCCAAGGCCUCUUUCCUGAAAGGCAUUACAGCAGCUGUCGUAAUCAAUGGCUCCAUGGCCAACGUUACUGGAACAUUGCACUAUAAGGAUAAGACCCUGCCCCCUUUGAGCAUUAACAUGAACAGAGUGACCAAAGAUGGCCUUAGAGAUAUUUUGGAAGCCCUGAAUUGCCCUUUAGAAGGCCCUGACCAGAAGAGCAUCAUCCCUGUGGAAAGGUCUGACUCCACCUUCCUGUUCCUUGUGGGUCAGGAUGACUGCAACUGGAAGAGUGAAUUCUUUGCCAGUGAGAUCUCCAAAUGCUUACAGGCCCAUGGGAAGGAGAAGCCUGAUAUCAUCUGCUACCCAGAAGCAGGGCACUAUAUUGAGCCUCCUUACUUCCCUUGGUGCAAGGCUUCCUUACAUGCCAAUUUUAACAUGCCUGUCCUCUUUGGGGGAGAGCCCAGGGCUCAUGCUAUGGCCCAAGUGGAUGCAUGGCAGAAUCUCCAGACUUUCUUCCACAAACAUUUGGGUGCUGAAGUGAGAACAAUCCCAGCAAAACUGUGAUUUUCUGUGAGCAGUGACACUUGUGAUGUUGAUCCCUCCUGAGAAUGGCUGCCCCUGUUAGGAUGUGCAU